GUGUAUCUGUGCUCUGAUUGGUCGGAGUUCAAAGUUGACUCUCCCUGGGGACAACAUUCCAAGAUGGCCUCCACUUAGACAAGCGAUUUGAAAUCACCAAGGAAACGAACGACUUUUACCUCAGAAAAUUGUUUUCUAAGCGCGAAGAGUUCCCAGACAUGGAGAGCUCCAGCGAGACUCUGAAGCAGCAGUUUGCCUCCCUCCAGGAGCAGCAGAAGAAGAAGAUGCAGAGACUGAAGGAGAGGAAACAGCAGCUUAAGAAGGAGCAGGAGAAGGGAGACGAUGAGAAACCCAUCCAGGCCAGUAUGUAUGUGGAGGAUGAUAUGGGACUGCAGUUGAGUGGACCUCCUGCAAAAAAUGACAUUAUGUAUGCUGAAGAACAGAUGACCAACUUAAAAGACCAAGUCAGAGAGCUGAGGGAUGAAAAUGGCCGGCUGUACAAGCUGCUGUCUGAGCGGGACUAUGAGGUGCGCCAGAUCAGGAAGAAGAUGGAGAAAGAACGGGCACUUCUUACAGGUGGUACUGGAGGCGUGGCCAGUGAAGCAGCGGCCACAAAGAUUGUGGAUCUGUCAAAGAAGAACAGAGAACUGACCGCAGAGCUAGAGAGUGGCAAGACCAAGAUGACACAGCUCUCACGUAAGGUGCAGGACCUGGAGAAACAGUUGAAGGCAGCAGUAGCGCAGGCCCGUGCAGCUGCUCGAGAUGAGAAGGCCUCUCCCAGACAGGUCACUCUCAGUCUGGAGGAGGAAAAGGACUUAGAGGCUGAUGCCAAGGCUUUGAAGGACAAAUUGACACAGACAACCUCCAAACUACUGGAAACCAAGAAUGAAGUGUCCAUGUUGAAACAGGAGCUGAAAGUGGCAAACAAGGUGCUAGAGAAGGAGGUAGGGGAGGGAGUGAACAUCCAGGCUUUGCUGAAGGACUCCAGCGGGUUCAGAGGUCGCUCACAGCAGAUUCUCAGUCUACAGAAAAAGGUGUCAGAGUUGAAGAGUCAGCUGGGUAUGCAGACAACCCGGUCCGGCUCGGGGCUAAGUCUGGAGGAACAGUUCAUGGGUACGGCUACCCGGGCCACCAACUACAGCGACAAGAACAGGGACAGGAUCAGGCAGCUGGAGAGGGACAGGAAGGAAGCUACAGAGAAAGCUCAGGCAGAGAAAGAAGCGCUGGAAGCAGACUACAGUAAGAUGAAGGACCGGUUUGACGCCAGUAAAGCUCGUAACAAGGUCCUGGCUAACGAGGUGAAGUCGUUAAAGGACCAGCUGGCUGUGCUGCUGGACAAGGGGAAGAACGAUGAUGAGCUCAUCACUGCACUCAUGAAUCAACAAGAACAGAUGCAGAAGCUGCUGGAACAAACGACAAAGAAACAACAGGAAUAUCAACAACAACAGCAGGCUGAGGUCACCCAGAUCAUCACCAAGAACAUGCAAGACCAGAACAUCGUGGAUCAACUCAAGGCCAUAGUGGCACAGAAGGAGGGGCAGGUUAAGGCACUGGAGGAGGAGAUCAGAGAAAUCAGGGACCACAGAAUGCAGGCCAUGCAGGGUGGUCACGUCAGUCCAGCCAGACGGCCUCCAUCCAGGUCAACUCCCUCUGAUCUCCAUGGUAACCGUCCACCCUCCAGGUCAACGCCCUCUGAUCUCCAUGGUAACCGCCCACCCUCUGCCCACCAUGGUCUUGGGAGCUCCAUGUCUGGUUCCCAUGGCAACGUGAUGAGACCUUCAUCAUCAGAGGCAUUCUAUCUGAAUUCACAGAACCAAAAUGGGCGUGGCAGCAGGACUGGCAGUGCCCCAGGACAGGUAUCAGUCAAAGGAGCAACCAUCAUCAGACCUGCUACAGACAGUGACCUGAAGGUAAGAGACAUAGAAGUGCAGCUGCAGGAACAGAGAACAGUGUGCCAGGCUGCUCAGGUGGAGAGGGACAAACUGUUAGAGCUGGUGCAGGUGCUGCAUAACAGACUGGACGAGGCAGAACAAAAAGCAACAGAAGCCGACAGUCAGCUGACACAGCACAGACAGCGCAAUGUACAGCUAGAGAAACAGCUAGGCAAAGCCAAGCUGGAAAACAAAGGUUCACCUAAGAAGGGAAGAACAGUUCGAGACUCAGUAGGCCAGGGAGACAUCAAACCAGGCCCAGAAGACAUAGAAGAGAUGGAGGUACAACUCUCCAUCCAACAAGACGAGAACGAGGCCCUUAAAGCGGCUCUGCAGAGCACCCUUAAGGCUAAGGAAGAAGACCUGAAGUUUUACAGAACAAUCAUGGACCAAACCAAGCAGAUUUUCUUGCAAGGUCUUAGAGAACACAGACAGAGAGGGGCAACUUCUUAAAACCU